UGAGCAAGGACAGUCGCAUGUAAAGCAGCUGAACGUGCGGCGUUCUAUUUGAUUCCUCAAACCAGUCACUGUGGAAGUGUAAUUAUCUUCUGGAGGAGCAGACCCGAUAUGCUCCAGGAAAGACUUCGUGUUCUCGUCGUCGGCAGCGGUGGUCGAGAACACGCCUUAGCAUGGAGACUUAGCCAGUCUUCACUGGUUGACGCCGUUUACUGUGCUCCCGGAAACGGAGGCACCGCAGCAAAGGCGUCUUCCAAAAUAUCAAAUGUUGCGAUCAAGUCCGACGACUAUCCGGGCUUGGUCUCCUUCGCUCAGAGAGAGAAUGUCAAUCUCGUCGUUCCCGGGCCGGAGGCUCCCCUGGUUGAUGGGAUCCAGGGGUAUUUCCAGGCAGUUGGCAUAAGAUGCUUUGGCCCAUCAAAAGCCGCAGCCCGAAUGGAGGGCUCCAAAACUUUUUCUAAGGAUUUUAUGCAGCGUCACAAUAUCCCAACCGCUCGGUAUCAGAAUUUCAACGAUUAUAAAUCUGCAUGUGAAUAUCUAGAUUCCAUAGACCAUGAUGUUGUCAUCAAGGCUAGUGGGCUUGCAGCCGGGAAAGGAGUUAUUAUGCCCCAAAACAAGGAAGAAGCCCUGCAGGCCUUGAAAGAGAUUAUGCUCGAUCGACAGUUCGGCGAAGCAGGAGAUGAGGUUGUCAUUGAAGAAUUUUUAGAGGGAGAUGAGCUGAGCGUACUAACCUUUUCGGACGGUUAUACCAUUCGAUCUCUCCCCCCCGCCCAGGAUCACAAGAGAAUCUUUGACGGUGACCAAGGACCAAAUACGGGAGGAAUGGGAUGUUAUGCUCCUACUCGCAUCGCUUCGAAAGAAGUCAUCGCAGAAAUCGACACGACGAUCGUGAAGCCUAGUAUUGAUGGAAUGAGAAAAGAAGGUUUCCCAUUCGUUGGUAUUCUCUUUACCGGACUGAUGAUGACGAAAAAUGGACCAAAGGUCCUUGAAUACAACGUCCGUGGCGGAGACCCCGAAACCCAGACAUUACUCCCCCUUCUCAGCAAUGACACAGAUCUUGCCGAAGUAAUGGUCGCUUGUACAGAGCACUGGCUUGACGGUGUCACCAUCAAGGUCGAACCCAAAUUCGCGGCUACUGUCAUCGCAGUAGCUGAAGGUUACCCCGGGUCAUAUGCAAAAGGCCGAGAUAUCACCCUUGAUACUCCGGCAUCAGAUACACUGGUUUUCCAUGCUGGCACGACCAUGGUUGAUAACCACUUGAAAUCCUCUGGCGGCCGAGUUAUCGCUGCAACAGCAACGUCAAGUACCCUAGAAGAUGCAGUCAAGAAGGCAUAUUCCGGCAUGUCAACCAUUCAUUUCCAGGGCAUGUAUUAUCGCAAAGAUAUUGCUCACCGCGCGUUUAGAGAUUCCUCUUCCCAGAAGGAGGGGCUAACUUACGCCUCAGCCGGUGUCUCCAUAGACGCUGGAAACGAGCUGGUGAAUCGAAUCAAAACCAACGUCGCGCGGACUAAACGGCCGGGUUCCGAUGCUGUCAUUGGCGGAUUCGGUGGUGCGUUUUCACUCGCAGACUGCAAUUCCGGGUUCCACAGUGCUUCUCCUACGUUGAUCGCUGCCAUAGAUGGCGUGGGCACAAAGCUCAAGGUCGCACAUGAGAUGCAAACCCACAAUACCGUUGGCAUUGACCUGGUCGCAAUGAAUGUUAACGACUUGGUCGUGCAAGGCGCUGAGCCGCUACUAUUUUUAGAUUGCUAUAGCUGUGGGAAGCUUGACGUUGAAACCGCGGCAUCAUUCGUUUCCGGCGUUGCAGAUGGCUGUGUUGAAGCAGGGUGCGCUCUAGUCGGUGGAGAGACAGCUGAAAUGCCCGGACUCUUCGUCGAUGCCGCCUAUGACGCAGCGGGAGCUGCUCUCGGAGCCAUUGAUACAAGCAAAAAUGCCAUUUUGCCUAUUACAGAGAAGAUGAAAGCCGGUGAUGUGCUGCUGGGAUUAUCCAGUAGCGGCCCACAUUCAAACGGGUACUCCUUGAUCCGCAAGAUCGUGGACCUGUCAGGUCUAUCCUACCUGGAUCCAGCGCCAUUCGAAACGUCUGCAGCAUCUUUGGGUGCCGCCCUUCUAACACCUACCAGAAUUUAUGUUAAACCUCUUCUUUCGGCCCUUGGCUCUUUCGCCUCCGGUGCUAUCAAAGGCCUCGCGCACAUCACCGGUGGUGGCUUGGUCGAAAAUGUUCCUCGUGCGCUUCCAGACCACCUCUGCGCCGAGAUUGAUGUUACCACAUGGCCGCUACCCAGUGUUUUCAAGUGGCUCAAGAAGACGGGCAAUGUGAGUUCAGCUGAAAUGGGCAGAGCCCUCAACAACGGUAUCGGAAUGGUCAUGGUGGUAUCUGCGGAAGAGGCAGGCAAUAUCAAGAGCUACAUGGAAAAGCAGGGAGAAAAGGUGUUCGUUAUUGGAUCCCUUACCGACAAGGGCGAUAAGUCCAAGGAAGGAUGCGUGCUUAAGAACUUGGAUACAUGGGAUGAGUGACAGCGUCUUUUUGAGUGAUGAUGGUUAAGUUUUGACGAAAGUAAUGGCCGGGAUGGUUGACGAACGUCGGAGUCUGUAGCUAAAUGCCAAAAAAAAAAGGCUUGGAAAAGUUAGGAGUAACUAUUCGAGUAGUUAACAGCGGGCAUUCGCCUAUUUAGCGGAUGCAAUGCACAGAGCACUCCG